CUCAAAGAUAGUUACGCAAAUUACACACUUCUCAGAUUGCCAUAGCGAUUUUUUCACCCAAAUCGCAACAGCUUUAAUUGUUUAUUUUCCGUGGACUUGAUUCUUGCGUUUGUCCUCCAGAAAGCCAGUUCUUGCCAAGUGCAAAGAAUUUAACAGUACCACAGUGCCGACAAGACGACAUUCAGGGAAUAAUAAAUUAAUGUAUACGCGACUUGGAACCUAAACGAAGAUGAACCGUUCUUCCGACUGAAAUUUUUUUUCGUUCAGUUUAAUUUGUGAGGGUUUCCUUUAAGAGAAUUUUAUGUUUAAAUUAUGUAAAUUGCGUAUAUCGUGAUGAUGUGGGGGUGGACCAUCUUAUUUGCUGGCUUGUUUGUGCGUACAUUUCCGCAGAUUAUUCCUGACCAGAAUGAAUAUGAGACUUUUCCAAUUCCUACUUUUAUAAUAAAUCAGAUGGGCAACUCCCAAAUCCGCCAGGCAUUCAACAUUGGCAGCUGCAGAAUAGUUUACAAUCCCGUGUGUCCAGAUCCCGAUGUAACAUUUUUCCUGUUUACGAAAGAAAAACCUGAGUAUCCAGUUCCGAUAUUAGUUGGCUCACAGAGGCUAAAUACCAAUUUAAAUACUACGUAUUUUGAUCCCAAGAAACCCACAAAAAUUAUUAUACAUGGAUACAACUCCAACAUGAACAUUAGUGCAUUGGUAGAAAUCAGAAAAGAAUACUUGAGUACAAAAGACUACAAUAUUUUUGCCGUGGACUGGAGUCCACUAAAUCAAGCACCUUGUUACUUGGGGGCUCUUAUGAACAUCCGCCAUGUUGGAACCUGUUCAGCUCAGUUAGUUCAAAGACUUCUAGAUUUAGGAAAUACCGAUAUUCAUGUCAUUGGUUUCAGUUUAGGAGCUCACAUAACUAAUUAUAUGGCUGUAGCCCUUCGACCUUAUCGGCUGCCGCGAAUAACUGGGCUAGAUCCUGCCAUGCCCGGAUUCAUUACAUGGGAUUUAGAUUCAAAACUCGACAAAACAGAUGCAGACUUCGUCGAUGUAUAUCACACAAAUGCUUUCAUUCAGGGAAAAGUAGAAGAGAGUGGACAUGUCGACUUUUACAUUAAUGGUGGAGUAAUCCAGCCUGGAUGUUGGGCACAAACAAGAUUUUUUGCUUGUAACCACCACCGAGCUCCUUUGUACUACGCAGAAUCCAUCAACACCAAAAAGGGUUUCUUCGGUUGGCCUUGCCCAUCAUAUUUCGACUACCUGUUGGGUCGAUGUCCUCCAGUUGACCCGCAAAUUCUAAUGGGCGAGUACGUCAAAAUAUCAGCAUUUGGUGUUCAUCUGGUUAUCACAGAAUCGGUCUCUCCAUUUGCAGUCGGAAAAUACGAUGGACCCAGCGUGGAAAUCCUGAAAAAUUAUGAAACUCAAAGGUUACAAAUUCUGAACAAAUACAAGAAUUAUGUGGUGGGAUAUGUGUAUGAGGAUGAGUUGUUGGAGCAACUGUAUUAUCCGGAAAAUAUUAAGACACAACUGGAUAACGAUCUUUACGAAGUAGUACUAAAUGAUCAUAAUGCCGACUUAAUAAGUGUAAUACCUUAAUAAGUGUAAAUGAUAAAUAAAUUAUUUUUUUACUUAUA